AUGACUGUGGUGUCCCAGGAGAACCCCACCGAGACUGUGGUCGUGACUCCUUUGUUGCAAGAUGCUGUGGACUUGGAACCAGAGGAUCAAGAGUGCAGCGAGAGGGUGGUCAUCAACAUUUCAGGCCUGCGUUUUGAGACGCAGUUAAAGACCCUCUCCCGCUUCCCGAACACGCUCCUGGGAGACCCGCGUAAGCGGAUGCGCUUUUUUGACCCGCUCAGAAAUGAGUACUUUUUUGACAGGAACAGGCCGAGCUUUGAUGCCAUCUUAUACUAUUACCAGUCAGGAGGGAGGCUGCGGAGGCCCGUAAGCGUACCCGUGGACAUCUUCCUGGAAGAAGUUAAGUUUUAUGAACUUGAAAAUGAAGCCAUAGAGCUUUUCCGUGACGAUGAGGGCUUGGUUAGGGAAGAGGAGCGCCCGUUGCCUUCAAACGAGUACCAGCGGCAGCUGUGGCUUCUCUUUGAAUAUCCGGAGAGUUCAGGACCUGCACGGAUAAUAGCCAUUGUGUCAGUUAUGGUUAUUUUAAUAUCUAUUGUCAUAUUCUGUUUGGAGACUUUACCCGAGUUUAGAGAAGUCCCCGUAGUGCCCGAGAAUAACAUCAAUGGAAGUGCGCACAGCAAAGCGCAGAAUCCCUUCUCAGAUCCGUUUUUCAUGGUGGAGACACUUUGCAUCGUGUGGUUCUCCUUUGAAUUCACCAUGAGGUUCCUGUCUUGUCCCAGCAAAGCGGCGUUCUUUAAAAAUAUCAUGAACCUAAUAGAUGUUGUGGCCAUAGCUCCAUAUUUCAUCACCCUGGGCCUUGACCUCGCAGAGCAUCAGGGCAGCAGUCAGCAAGCUGCGUCUCUGGCCAUACUCAGGGUCAUCCGUCUGGUCCGUGUGUUCAGGAUUUUUAAACUCUCCAGACACUCCAAAGGUCUCCAGAUUCUCGGGCAAACACUCCAUGCAAGUCUGCGGGAACUUGGUCUGCUGAUAUUCUUCCUGCUCAUUGGAGUAGUUUUGUUCUCCAGUUCAGUUUAUUUCGCCGAAGCAGAAGACCCUGAAUCUGGAUUUUCAAGCAUACCUGAUGCGUUUUGGUGGGCUGUGGUGACAAUGACCACGGUGGGGUAUGGAGACAUGUGCCCCUCUACUAUGGGGGGGAAAUUCGUCGGAUCGUUGUGCGCCAUCGCUGGAGUACUGACCAUAGCUCUACCUGUCCCUGUCAUCGUGUCAAAUUUCAAUUAUUUCUACCACAGGGAAAACGAGGAGGAAGACAAUGUGCAGUACGUACACGUAACUUGCGGGCAGCAGGAGCAGCCCUCCUUUGGUGAAUGUGAUUCCAACAGAAGUACCCAGUCGCUCUUCCAAUCAGACUCCUAUCAGAAUGACGAUGACUUGGAAACCUUGACAUAUCCCUCUGAGAACCCACUAGAAACAUACACAGGGAAACUGACAGACGUAUAA